AUGAGCUGCAGGAGAAAACAGCUCGAGCCCUCACGGAAACCCCCCAGAGAAAACAUACUUCUGCUCAGAGUCAUGUUUUUGGACGACAGUGAGCACACGUUUGAAAUGGAGCAAAAUGUACUUGGGAAUGACUUCUUCAACAAAGUGUGUGGACAUCUUAAGCUUUUAGAAAAAGAAUAUUUUGGGCUUGAAUUCCGUCACCAUUGCGGCAGUUACGUAUGGCUGGAACUGCUGAAGCCUCUUACAAAACAAAUUAAACACACAAGUGACCUAACAUUCCACUUCAUAGUGAAGUUCUAUCCUCCAGACCCAGGUCAGCUUCAGAAAGAGCUAACCAGGUAUCUUUUUGCGCUCCAGAUCAAACAGGAUCUGUCUAAUGGCAGUCUGACCUGUAAUGACAACAGCACCGCCCUGCUGGUCUCCCAUCUUCUACAGGCUGAGAUUGGGGAUUACGUAGAGGAGCUGGAUAUGCAGCACUUAGAGAAUAAGAAAUAUAUUCCCAACCAGGAGUGCCUCCAUAAGAAGAUCAUGCGCUUUCAUAAGAGACACAGAGGUCAGACCCCAGCAGAGGCUGAUUUUCAGUUGCUGGAAGUGGCCCGUAAAUUAGACAUGUACGGUAUCCGCCCUCAAGCAGCCAGCGAUGGAGAGGGAAUGAGAAUCAACCUGGCUGUGACUCAUUCUGGUGUGCUGGUGUUUCAGGUAUAUAUACAUUUUAAUGGACUUCUCAAGUCAUACUAAAUAUGAAUAUCUGUUUAUAAUUGCUUUUGGCUGGAAGGUGGAGCCGUUCUCAGAGCCAUAAAUUUAGCAAUAAUAGCCUUUGAGAUUUGUAUUUGAAAUCCAACCUGGGAAAAGGCUAGAGUGUUUUGGCUGAAUUCCAACUUUCUGUUGCAAGUCUCAGUUAACAUCUGUUGACUGAUUUUCUUCUGUUCUCAGGGGAACACCAAAAUUAAUACCUUCAGCUGGGCCAAUAUCCGCAAACUGAGCUUCAAGAGGAAGAACUUUUUGAUAA